AGCCCAAGGACGACAUCUUCCUCCUUUGCUUUAUCCUAGGCUCCUGCGAGUCUGCUAAGAUUAGCGGCGCCCGACGUAGCUGCCAUGGCUCUACCAGCAGUGUCCUCUUGUAUUGAUUACAAAUGGAAGUAUGACGUGUUUCCUAGUUUUCAUGGUGAAGACAGUCGGUUAAGUUUCGUUAGCUUUCUUCGCGGAUCUCUACAUGAAAGAGGAAUCCGUGUCUUUAUGGAUGAUGAGCACAUCAGAACGGGAGAAGAAAUCACACCAGCACUUAUCAAAGCCAUAAGAGAAUCCAGGAUAGCUAUCAUAGUUUUCUCCGAGAACUAUGCCAACUCAACGUUCUGCCUGCAGGAACUUGUAGAGAUUCUCAAAUGCUUUAAAGAAGAAGGUCGAUUAAUAUAUCCAGUAUUUUACUAUGUGGAUCCAUCAGAGUUGCGACGUCCGAGAGCAAGCUAUGCAGAGGCUUUGGCCCGAUUGGAGGAAAGAUUUAAGGACAACAAACAACAAGUAGAAAAUUGGAGGUUGGCUUUGUCCCAAGCAGCUAAUUUGAAAGGGUGUCAUCUCAAAGCCAAGAUUGCAAAUGAGCAAGAACAUAUUACAGAGAUCACCAAUGAAGUAUCAGCGAGGAUUAAUCGUAUUCAUAAUCAUUUACACGUUACUCAAUACCCUGUUGGACUUGUGUCUCGGGUGAAAGAAGUGUUCUCACAUUUAGAUCUUUGGUCUACUAAGAAAAAUAAAAUGGUUGGAAUUGUGGGACCUGGUGGAAUAGGUAAAUCAACGAUUGCAAGAGCCUUGUAUAAUUUGAUUGCUGAUCAUUUUGAAGGCUUAUGUUUUCUUCCUAAUGUGAGGGAAAAGUCUAGAAUGCCAAAUGGUUUGGCACAUCUUCAAGAGACAUUGCUUUGUAAAUUAGUCAAGGAGAAAGAUCUCAAAUUGGGUGAUUUGCAUGAAGGAAUACCAAUAAUAAAACAUAGGCUUGGCCACAAGAAAAUUCUUUUGAUCAUUGAUGAUGUUGAUGAAUUGAAACAGUUAGAAGCUCUAGCUGGAAGUUGUGAUUGGUUUGGUCCUGGAAGUAGAAUUGUCAUAACAACUAGAAAUAAACAGUUGUUCACAAGUUCUCAUGUUAAGAGCAUUUAUAAUGCUAGGGAAUUACAUGAUGAGGAAUCUCUUCAAUUGCUUUGUUGGCAUGCCUUUAAAAAGGAGAAUGUGGAGUUUGAUUUCAUGGAGGUUUCUAAGCGUGCAAUACGUUAUUGUUGUGGAUUUCCAUUAGUCUUAAAAGUGACUGGUUCUCACUUAUGCGGUAGAGGAGUCAACGAAUGGCACUCUGCAUUGGAUCAAUUUAAAAGAAUUCCACAAGGAGAAGUUUUGGAAGUCCUUAGAUUAAGCUAUGAUGCUUUAGGAGAAUUUGAGAAAGAAAUUUUCCUACACUUGGCUUGUUUUUCCAAAGGUGAGGAAUUAGGAGAAGUUAAGGGCAUGUUGUUAUGUUUAUAUGGAAUCCCACUGGAUAAUGUUAUUAAUGUUCUGGUCAAUAAAUCCCUCAUAAGGAUUGAAGGAGAUCAGGUGUUAAUGCAUGACGUGAUUGUAGAUAUGGGUAAAGAAAUUGUUCGACAAGAAUCACCAAAUGAACCCGGUAAAAGAAGUAGGUUAUGGUUCUACCAAGAUAUUCUUCAUGUUUUAAAUCGAAACACAGGAACCAAUAAAGUGGGAACAAUGAAAUACAAAUGCAAUGGAGUGGAAAGGCAUUCAUGA